AGGGGUGGAAAGAAAAGGCGAACGAAAGAAAGAAAUUAAGAUUUCUUCACCGGCCCUCGGAUGACAGCCCGAAGAGCCUGGAGGGGUUGUCGGAGCCAGGAUCCAUAGUACAGCUACGUACGGCCAACCUUGUUUUCCGCGGGGACAGUUAGUACCUUAGGCAAAGCUGGCCGUGGCGGCUGAAAGAAAGUGGAGGGCGAUCAAAGUAUCGGUACCUUCAAUGAGCGAAUCCGCCAGCAGCUAACCAAGUCUCGCUCGCUCGCUCGCUCGCUCGCUAGUGGGUUAGGUUCGCCGCCAAGGAAGGCCUGGAACAAGUUGCCCGUCUGCUCCUUACAAGGAAGAACGAUGACCAACAAUUAAGAAAUAUCUGGAUGCCGGCCUGCUCCUUGUCAUUGCCUCUCUUUCCUAGGACGCAGUUCUUCCGAUCCUCGUCGCGAUUACUCUACGGCUGCGGUUACGGUAUUCCGUCCCAUCGACAGCUUGUAGUUCAGUUGCCGGUUACGAUUCGUUGAGGUAGUACCGAGUAUUGUCGCCUACAUCUCAGUGCUCCCAUCCACACUCACACCCUCCCAUGCCAGAUAGCUAGAGCUCUGCCAGCACCGUGUCACCGACGUUGACGACAUCUGGAGCAUUCUAUAGGUUCUCUUGCGCCCCAGCUUUUCAAGGACCGGCCAGGCUUCGAAACCAUGGCUGACAUCGAGGCCUCGCGACCAACAUCCACGGAAGGGUACCCUCACGACCAGGACAAGGGGUACGAGACAACGAAAGUCAGGCCUGAAAAUGGAAUAUCAAAAACCAGCAGCAAGAUCCACAACCUGCUGCGCCUGGGCCGAGUCGAGGAGCACGGUAUCGAGCCGAUCCCCCUCGCGGAACGAACAUCUACUCGCUACCUCAACGCCUUCACCAUCUGGUUUUCAAUGAAUGCCAACAUUCUUCCUAUCACAUUCGGAAUGCUGGGGCCGUCGCUGUUCGGUCUAAGCCUCCGCGACUCCUCGCUUGUAAUCCUCUUCUUCACACUGCUUUCGACCUUGGCCCCGGCUUUCCUUGCCACUUUGGGGCCCAAGACUGGGAUGCGCUCAAUGAUCCAGGCGCGAUUCAGCUUUGGGCGCUAUUUGGUAUCCGUGCCAGUGGCUCUAAACUUGGCCACCCUGACGGGCUUCUGCGUCAUCAUAUGUGUUGUUGGCGGCCAGUGCCUCUCGGCCGUCACAAAGGGUGCCCUCAGCCCUGAUUUGGGCAUCGUACUCAUUGCUCUUCUGUCUCUUUUGAUCUCGUUUUGUGGGUUCAGGGUUCUGCAUUUCUACGAGACAUACGCCUUCAUCCCAGCAGUGAUUGCCAUAGUCAUCGCCACUGGAUGUGGCGGCUCGAGACUCAAGGAACAGGCCGAGAUGCCUCCCGCAACGGCACCGUCAGUCUUGAGCUUCGGCAUGAUUGUCGCAUCUUACAUGAUCCCUUGGGCCUGUAUUGCCUCAGACCUAACAACUUACUUUGACCCAAGAGUCCGCGGUGCUUCGUAUCGCGUGUUCGCGUAUAGCUAUCUCGGUUUAAUCUCGCCCACUAUCCUUCUCAUGACACUUGGUAGUGCGAUUGCUGGUGCCAUAGCCAAUGUUCCCGAAUGGCAAGACGGCUACGAUACAACGCUUGUUGGUGGUGUCUUGGCUGCCAUGCUGUCGCCCGCUGGUGGUUUUGGCAAGUUUAUUGUCGUCAUCCUCGCAUUCACCCUUCUCGGUAACGUCUCUGGUACAAUGUAUGCCAUCACACUCAACUUCCAGACCUUGGUUCCUUGGCUGGUUCGGGUUCCUCGCUAUGUUUUCUCCAUCGUCGUCACAGCCAUCAUGAUCCCGGUUGCCAUCAAGGCCGCCGAUGACUUUUUUCUCAACUUGGAAAACUUUGUGGCCUUGAUCGGGUACUGGUCAGCCUCCUUUGUUGGUAUUGUCUUGGUUGAACACUUUGUUUUCCGUAGAGGAGAUGCAAAGCUUUACGACCACCACAUCUGGAACACGGCCUCUAGUCUCCCCAGCGGUGCGGCAGCUCUUGGAUCGGGUAUGCUGAGUUUUGCCCUGGGCAUUCCCUGCAUGGCCCAGGCUUGGUGGACUGGGCCGAUUGCUGAGAUCACUGGAGAUAUUGGGUUCGAGGUGGCUUUCAUCCUGAGUGCGCUAUUAUACGUACCGUUGAGGUUUCUUGAGAGGCGGGUUCUUCACCGAUAGACCUAGCAUCAUGACGGAAAGUGUUGAGAAGACUUUCCAAAAGCAUCAAAAUAAAAUUUGU